AUGGCGUUGAUCGCUGGCAACCUCUUUUGCAUCAUCGUCAAGGCUACGAGCCGUGCUCUCGGGUACGUUCCACGGCUAAGGAGCCUAUGCCAGUCCAGCAACUCCGUUAAACUCGGCUUCGAUGAUUAG